AUGAAGUUUGCGAACUUUGGCCUGGCGCUACUUGCGCUUCCGGCCCUGUUCGCCAAUGCCAUGGCCCUUCCCGAGGCUCAGCCCGAGACCGCUUCUGAGCUGGACGACCGCACCUUUACCUGUUCAUCAACCACGCGUGCCUCGUGCUAUAUCAUGGGCUACGGCAUGACCAGCUCGUGUCUCUGCGACGUCAUGUCCUACACGGCCAAGCCUUCGCAGCCCUGCGGCAGUGGCACCUAUGCCUCCUGCACGUCAAUCUCCUCGCUUGUCAAGUGCUGGGACCAGGGUUACGCUGUUGACAACAACUGCAACUGCGUCGUUCCUGCUACUUCGACUUCGGUCAAGACUACAUCAACUUCGUCUACCAAGGUCUCAACUACGUCCGCUGCUCAGACCACUGCUGCCGGAACCUGCAACGACUGGCUUGCCAUUUCUAUCUGUCUCCUGGAGGGAAAGACUACCGACGGCAAGUGCAACUGCGUCUCGGGCACCGCAACCGUCCCCGGUGGAUCGUCGAGCUGCUCCGACGCCACUGCCAUGUCAAACUGCUUCAAGCAAGGCUACGGGUGCAACGCCAAGUGCGUUUGUACUCCUGUGACGACGACCUCGACGUCCGCAAAGACGACAAGCACUACCUCGACCACCUCUGUCAAGACCACCAGCACAACGACUCCCUGUACUACCUCAACCACCUCCGUCAAGACCACCAGCAGUUCAGUCAAGACCAUCAGCACAAGCACACCCUGCACAACCUCAACCACGUCGGCCAAGACCACAAGCACCUCCGUCAAGACCACCAGUACCACAACACCCUGCACAACCUCAACCACGUCCGUCAAGACCACCAGCACCUCCAUCAAGACUACCAGCACGUCGGUCAAGGCCACCAGCACAUCCUCGUCUGCCGCCGCCACGUCUACCGCGGCCGGAACCUGCAAGGACUGGCUGAGCAUCGCCGUCUGCGCCAUUGAGGGCAAGACCACAAACGGACAGUGCCAAUGUGUUAGCGGUACCCCCACAGUUCCCGGCGGGUCAUCGUCCUGCGGCGACGCCACGGCGAUGAGCAACUGCUUCAAGCAGGGCUACGGCUGCAACGCCAAGUGUGUCUGCACACCGGCAACGACGUCUUCCACUGUUGCAUCCUCGACCAAGGCUUCGUCCACUACGAGCCCACCAGCUGCCACGACGACCCCAUCUGGUGUCUGCAAGGACUGGCUUGCAAUCUCCAUCUGUCUCCUUGAGGGCAAGACGACCAACGGACAGUGCCAAUGCGUGAGCGGCACUCCUACAGUCCCCGGCGGCUCGUCGUCGUGUACCGACUCUACCGCUAUGAGCAACUGCUUCAAGCAGGGCUAUGGGUGCAACGCCAAGUGCGUGUGCACACCUGUCUCGACCACGAGCAGCACGGCCACCACCACCUCGCAGAGCUCCACACCCACCGCCGUCGGAUCCUGCAAGAACGCGGCGGCGAUUUCGGCCUGCGCUCUGCGCGGCCUCGGCGUCAACUCGGAUUGCUCUUGCAACAAGUGCAACUGUGACGCUCAGUGGUCCUGCGUCAAGAAGGGCGGAAUCCUCGACUCGUCGUGCAACUGCAUCCUCCCUUCGGGCAGCCGCCGUCGCCGUGACGCCACAUACGUCAACCACCUCUGCGCCAAGGGUAUGACUGCUUGCCGUCUCGACUCGAGCGAGAGCGGCUGGAACGGCCAGUUUGAGUGCCUCGACGUCACGACCCAGCUUGAGUCGUGCGGUGGAUGUGUGGGCGAGGGCCAGGGCCAGGACUGCUCGGCCAUUGACGGUGUCGCCGACGUGGCGUGCAUUGCUUCCCGCUGCGUCGUCUCAGCUUGCCAGACCGGCUGGACUCUUGUCAACGGCACCACCUGCGAGCCCUCGAACGCGGCUCGUUUCCAGCAAGUGCUCGGCUCGCUAUGGGAGCUGUAA